AUGCAAGAUUUCAAACAUAUACAGGUCGUUCUUAACUGUAGAAAGCUGCCAAGUUUUGAUGGUGAUGUGGACAAAUUCACAGAAGCGCAUAAUCUUUUUAGGAGAGGCGAUAUAAUUACAGCUACUGGCAGACCAUGGAGGACGAAAAGCGGCGAAUUUUCAAUAUUAGCAUCCGAACAAGCCAGAUUAUUAUCGCCUUGCUUACACCCUCUACCUACUGAGUUAAAUGAAGCAAAUCGUCUUCAUAACAGGGUAGUUGAUCUCUCUGUGAAUACCGAGGCUCGAGACACACUUCUUGCCCGAAGCACCAUAAUAUCCAGCGUUCGAAAGUUUUUUGAGGAGCGUGAUUUCAUCGAAGUGCAAACUCCAAUUCUGUCGAGUCACACUGGAGGGGCUACAGCCGAGCCAUUUUUGACUGAAUCACGGGCUCUGUCAAAAAAAGCUGACGAUGAGCAAGCAGAUACCAAUGCUAGCACUACAUUAUCUCUUCGAAUUGCGCCUGAACUAUGGCUUAAAAGAUUGGUGAUAUCUGGAUUUGACAAAGUUUUUGAAAUUGGUCAGUGCUUUCGAAACGAAGGAAUUGAUGCCUCUCAUAAUCCGGAAUUUACUUCAUGCGAGUUUUAUCAAUCAUAUACCUCGCUAGAACAGCUUAUCGAAAUAACUCAAAAACUGCUCCAUACAGUGGUACAAGAUGUUCAAAAAAGGCAUCCGUAUCUUAAAAGUCAGGAGUUACUUUCCACGCUUGCCCAUCAGGUUAACGACAAUAAUAAAUUACGACAAAUAGAUUUCAUCUCAGAGAUCGAAUCCCAAACUUCGAAACAGUUGCCUGUAGAUUUAGGCAAUCGAACGGAAUUACUUGCAUACUAUGACUCUAUUGGCUUGGCUUGUCCCGACUCAAAUACACCCUUGACCGCAUCAAAAUUAUUGGAUAAUCUGGCCAGUGUAUUCCUCGAACCCCAGUGCAAUGCCCCAACUUUUAUUGUGAACCAUCCUCAUGUGAUGUCUCCAUUGGCAAAGUCAACUACAAUUGAUAUCAACGGUAUACCUCGUAAAGUUUCCAGGCGUUUCGAAUUAUUUAUUAAUGGCAGAGAGUAUGCUAAUGCAUAUGAGGAGGAGAAUAGUCCGUUUGUUCAAAGGGAAAACUUUUCAAGACAAGCAUAUGACAAUCUGACCUUGAAGGAUUCCGAGUCCCCACUCCCAGACGACAGCUAUGUUUCGGCCAUGGAAUGGGGUCUUCCACCCACAGGAGGGUGGGGCAUGGGAAUCGACCGUCUUUGCAUGCUCCUCACAGGAGCCGAUAGAAUCAGCCAGGUGUUGACAUUUGGCAGUGUUAAAAGUGUAAAUUAUCAAUAA